AUGGGCCGACUUGACGGCAAGAGUAUAGUAGUGACGGGCGCGGGAGGUGGGUUUGGGCGAGGUAUCGUCCAGAAGCUCACAGCCGAAGGAGCCUCCGUCCUGGCUGUUGACAUCAACAGCGCCGAAAACGACAAAACAGUCGCGUUGUGCUCUCCGAACCCCGGAAAAGUCCACGCCUUUACAGGCGAUAUAACACUCGAAUCCUCGUGGCGCUCCAUCCUCUCAACAGCCCUCGAGAAAAACUCGAAUCGCCUCGACGUGGUCGUCAACUGUGCCGGCGUGGUGAAUCUCGCAGCACCAUCGCAUGAAAUGGCCGAGGAAGAGUUCGAAAGACUGUUUCGUGUGAAUGUAAAACCGUUGUAUUUGAGCACCAAGGUGAUUGUGCCGUGGUGGAAGGAGAACAAGAUCCCAGGAUCAUUUAUCAAUCUGAGCAGCAUCAGUGACCCCCGACCGAGGCCGAAUUUGGUGUGGUAUGCUUCGAGUAAAGGAGCUGUUACAGUUGCCACGAAAGGUCUUGCGGCAGAAUAUGCCGUCGAUCAGAUCAGGUAUAACUGCAUUCGACCAGCGGUUGGAGAAACGGCCAUGCUUGCUCGAGCAAUUGGUGGGCAAGACACGCCAGAAGGACGUAAAAAGAUCGUGAGCACGAUCCCCCUCGGUCGUGUGUGUCAGCCAUCCGAUAUUGCAAACAUGGUGUGCUUUCUAGCAUCAGACGAAGCGAGUUAUAUCACAGGGGCGGCAUUCGAUGUUGACGGCGGCAGAGGUGUGAGUUGA